AUGAGUCGACUAUCAUAUUUUGUUUUCAUUCUAAUAUCUAUAGUUGUAUGGAGUGAAGCCGAACGUGAAUAUAUUGGUGAUAAACUAGUUAGUUUAGAACCAUUAAAUAAUGAACAUAUCAAAUAUCUACAAGAUCUGGAAAUAAAUGGUUCACUUGAUUUUUGGACUGAGAUUAUAACAGCAACCAAACCGAUUGAUGUUCGUAUAAAAAAAAGUGAAUUUGACCAAUACGCUUCAGAAUUUAAACAACGUUCAUUGCCAUUCCGCGUUAUUGUUGAUGAUGUACAAGCUGCUAUUGAUGAUGAAAAACAACAAAUUGACCAAGAAAAUUUAAAAAGACAACUUAAAAGUCGGUUUUUGGGACAACCCAAAGCUGAUAUUGUCGGUACAUAUGCUAGUUAUGACGAAAUGGUAGCAUAUCUUGCAGAUAAAGCACAGGCUGAUUCACAACACAUUACCGUUGUUGAUAUUGGUCAAACAUAUGAAAAUAGACGUAUACAAGGUAUUUCAAUAAAAUUCAAUCCAGCAGCAACGCGAAAUAUUUGGAUUGAUUGUGGUAUUCAUGCAAGAGAAUGGAUCACACCGGCUGCGUGUAUUUGGAUGGUUGAUAAAUUAAUUGAUGAAUAUAACAAAAAUGAUGCUACCGUUACAAGCUUACUCAAUUAUUGGAAUGUUUAUAUUGCACCCUCACUGAAUCCUGAUGGAUAUCAAUAUAGUCGAACAACCAGUCGAUUAUGGCGUAAAAGUCGUGCGAGAGGUACUACUGGAAGUUGUUACGGUGUUGAUCUCAAUCGUAAUUAUCCACGAAGAUGGAUGACGGGAGGUGCCAGUAGCAGUGAAUGCAGUGAUACGUAUGCUGGCCGAUCCGCCGGAAGUGAACCUGAAACAAAAGGUGUUAUUAAUUUUCUUCAAUCUAAAAUUGGUACCUGGGAUAUGUAUAUGUCAUUUCAUUCAUAUGGACAAUGGUGGUUUACACCAUACGGUUAUGAUACAAGCCUUCCAGCAAAUUAUAAUUCACAAUAUGCCAAAGCACAAAUAGGAGCAAACGCUAUUAAAAGUGUCAACAGUGGUAGAACAUAUGCCAUUGGUAGUGUCGCUCAAUUGUUAUAUAUUGCCAGUGGUAGUACUAUUGACUGGGCUUAUGAUGAUUUGAAAAUUCCAUUUGCAAAUACAGUCGAACUUCCACCGAUAUCAGCAUCUCCCGGUUUUGUUUUACCACCAAGCGAAGCACCUGGUGUAUGCCAUGAAACAUAUGUUGGUAUGAAAGCAUUUUUGGCUGCUAUUAAGCAAGAACUUCAAAGCAGCAUGAGCGGUUAA